CUUAAUAAGGGUAGCAUAUCUGCUAAUAUUGCUGGUCAUAGGUCCCGUGUUUCUCGGCUUAUUGCUUGAAUGUAAUGACAUUACGAUCUGAAGUACGUGAGUGUUUUUGCUCGAAGUUCAAAGUUUACAGCGUGUUCAGGAGCAGUGAUUCGUCCUUAAGUGAAAACAGCUGCGUUCAUAAGAAGUUUAUGACAUAAACGUAAACAUACGGCGGCUAUUGCAUUGAAUCUUUAAUUGAAGUACAGUUAUGUAGUCUGACUUCUUAAGCAACAACAAAACAGUUUGUAACUUUGGUGUUUAGAGGCUCAAUGUAGAUUUAGUAUAAUACGUGCAUUUAAUGCCUCCUCUGCUUAUAGGUUUUUUUUAUUUGUCAGAAAUGUCAAUGAAGAACGCCCAGCCCAACUUCAGCCCCUCUCAGGUGUCUGAGAUCACGAAGAGGCUCUACAACCUGACCGCUUCAGAAAUACGCCCUCUGCCCAGCUAUGAUGACCAAAACCUCUAUGUGGCUCCCACUGAGGGUGGCGAGUACGUCCUGAAAAUCAUGAACACGGAGGACAGUAAGAACCCCAGCAUCAUUGAGUUGCAGACCCAUGCCAUGUCCUUUCUCUACCAGAAUGGACUUCCUGCUCAAACAGCCGUGCCUACCACCUCCGGACAACUCAUGAGCCUGGAAGAAAUAGAUUGUGGGUAUGGCUGUCAGAAGUACUUGGUCCGGCUGCUGACUUAUUUACCUGGAGUGACUAUUUCUAAGGUUCCUUUUACUCCAAAGUUAUUAUAUGAGACUGGCAGGAUGGCUGCCAGAGUGGAUGAAGUCCUUCAAAAGAUGGUGCACCCUCAUCUCAGCAUUCUGGAGAGGGAGAACUUUAUCUGGAGCMUGUCAAACAUUUGUCUCCUGGAAGAAUACAUGAGUGUCCUAGACGGAGAUCCACUUCAGGAAGUUGUGAAAUCUGUCAUUGAUCGGUACAAAAACUCUGUGAUCCCCAGACGAUCCAAUUUUCGCAAAUGUAUUAAUCAUGGCGACUUUAAUGACCUCAACAUUCUCGUGCAACACUGUGACGAUCAUGGCUACAAGAUUUCUGGGAUCCUUGACUUUGGGGACAUGAACAGUGGCUACUACAUUAAUGAACUCGCCAUCACCAUAAUGUACAUGAUGAUUGAGCAUCCUGAUCCCAUCAAGGUGGGUGGGCCUGUUCUCGCAGGCUGGGAAAGUGUCUUCCCCCUCAACAAGGACGAGAAAGACUGCCUCUAUGUGCUGGUGCUCUCCCGCUUCUGCCAGUCGCUGGUUAUGGCGCGGUAUUCCGUGAUGCUGCACCCAGAAAACGAAGAGUACCUCAUGACGACUUCCAGAAAGGGAGUWAAAAUCCUCCAAAAGGUCUGGGAAUUAGGAAAAGAACAAGUGGAGAAGGUUUGGUUUGACCAUGCUGCUCAACUCGGCGUUUGAAUAGAAAAGGAUAUUGCCGUAUUUUCCGGACUAUAAGCUGCAUAUGCAAAGUUUUUUGAAAAAAAAAAAAAAAAAACUGGAAACGUACACAUAUAAGCCGCACCGGGCUAUAAGCCGCUGGUAUCUCUGCCGCGCUCAGUUUGUCAGAAGGACACAGCAGAGGGUUGCGUCCUUAAUAAAUCUGCUGAAUUUAUUAAGGACACAGCCCUUCGUUUCCARUGUUUAUUCAUUCGAUUCAUCCAAUGGAUUCAUUCACGCCGAGCUUACAUGCAGCGGCUUCAUUUCCCUCCUGUACCACCAGAUCGAUAGCCCUCAGCUUAAAAGCUGCAUCAUAUGAACUUCUUCGUGUGGUUUCCAUGAUGAGGUAUGAGUUUGAAGAAAUUUCUCCGUCGUGCAGCAUGUGGUCGUUCUAAAUGAAAAKKAGCGCUUCUUUGAUUUCCAAUUUUGACUUCCAAUGAUUCUCUUUCUGCUAAAGAGCUGCCUGGUGGUUGGAGUAAAAUCCACAGAAAAGAUGCACCGGGCUAUAAGCCACAUGGUUCAAAGCGUGGGGAAAAAGUAGCGGCUUAUAGUCCGAAAAAUACRGUAAUUUUCUAUUCAAACACUUUCAUUCAUUAACUUCAGUGAAGUCAUUUUCUUAACUUCAGUUAAGAAAAGGAAGAAAUACUGUAGAAAAUUAUAACYAUUAACCAUGGUGUCAUUCUUUGGCUCAGAAUGGUUAUAAAUUAGAAAAUCAUUGUAGAGUUAGACUUAUUUGUGGUAGAUUUAUACACAGUGUUAAUUCAUGUGAUUAUGGCAUACAGACRAUGAAAACCCAAAAUAGAAUAUUAUGUAAAAACAAAGUAAAUAGUUUUCAAUAGAUAUUCCUAAGAURUAUUUUCACAUUGUGUACAAUUUAUUMUCUUACUUGGUCUGGGCCUCUCUGGAGUGAAUUACUGGAUCAGUGCAGCAUGGCAUGGAAGUGAUCAGUUUUACUCGGGUGCUAAGAAAGCCCAGAUUGUUCAAAUAACUGUGUGAAUCAUGUCUGGAUUCCUGGUUCUGGUCUACCUCAUCUUAUUGACCUUAUCCUAUGGAUCAUUUUUUGGUGUUUAGACUAGGCUUGUUGCUGGCCCAUCAAGCAGUGAUACCAUUGAUUAUACAGUAGGUUUUGGUACCUUUGGCAGUCUGGGCAGGUGCCUUCUUCUGCUGGAAAAUAUAUUCAGCAUCUCCAUAAAGCUUUGAAGGAAGCACAAAGUGCUCUAUUAUUUCCUGGUAUGUCUGUGCUCAUUUUGGACUUGAUGAUGAGCAGCAGGUCAGACUCGGCGGAUGAAAUGGUUGCCCAAAGCAACACUUACUGUGGAAACAUCACACUACAGCCUUUCUAUUGACYUUUGGAUCAUAUUAUUAUAUUAUGGAUUGUUGAAACAAAUCAGGGCCUGUGCUUUGAAUCUGAGUUUCACUUUUUAAAUAGUUACUCAAUUUAAUUUUGAAUKAUAUUUUAACUAUUGAGAUACACCUGAAACCUUAUCCUAAUAUAUGAUAAGAGAAUAUUUCACCAGUUUCUGGAUUAACCGAGUMCUGAGGAAUUGCUCUAAAUAACAGGAGACCACUUGUGAACAAUGCCUUUUUAGUAUUCAAUGCUUUACUUUACUAUUUAUUAUAUAGUAAAGUAAAGCAUUGCAUUUGAUUUCCAAGUAAAUAUUUUAUGUCAACAUGAUUUUGUAAAAGAAAAUUCACUAAGAAGGAAAUAAUUUCUCUUCCAUAAAACACUGCUCCACAUUUAAAACAUUCAUUUGGGGAUAUUUAAGCUGCCUUGUUUGAAAACCCAGUAAACAUGUGUUGAAUGUGAGGAGAAGUGAUUUGCUUUUGCACAUUUCUUUUAAAAAGCAACAAAUACUGGAAUCAGGUGGGAGUUAAAGAGGAAGUCCUUAAAAGUUUACACUUUAUGUAGGAGAUCCUUCAUGUUCAUGAUCCAGAAUAAAAUGAUCACGUGGAGUUAACUAUUCUGACUUGUACAUGUAUGUUGAACCUCUUUUGGUUGCUGGUAAAUGAUACAUUUUUUGUACUAUUAAUUUUAGCCUCAAACAUGCCUUAUAUGACUGAUUGUAUAACAAAGUACAUGUUAAUCUGGCAAUAAAACAACUUGUGAAUUAUU